AUGAACUCUACCACGGGGCGGGCCGGCGUCAUCCGCGCCCGUGAUGAUGCAGGCAACAUGGACAAGCUGGUAAGUCCUUUUUUGCCCGCCGCCCAUGCCAUCCUCGAUGAUGUCCUCUACAACGUCCUGUCCGACCUGGUCAUGAAGACGCACCGCGAAGAGAAGACGGCCCGCGCCAACACGGCCGCCAUCCGCGUCGAGAAGCUUGCCAGCGACGCCUCGGACACCUCCGUCCCCGACGCAAAGCCCGACGUCCGCGUCGAGACCGACGCCGCCAUCUACGAGGAUGGCAAGGUCCUCCUCAAAGGCAACCCCCUCCAGACGACCCAAGACAUCCUCUGCCCCAAGUGCCACCUGCCGCGGCUAUUAUACCCGACCGACGGCAAAGGCGCCCGGAAGCCCGACCCGACCGUCAUCUACUGCAAGAAGCACCCGUACAUAGACAAGCCCGGCUGCGACAUCUACGGCCAGAGCUGGGUCGCCCCGGGCCCCGGCCGCGGCAAGAAGAAAAAGGACAUGGAGAAGAAGGACGGCACCGACUCGCCCGCCACCCCCGAGCAGCGGCCCCCCAAUGUGCUCUCGUUCCCGUCGGCCACCUGCAGCAAGUGCAAGCGCUGCAUCCUCGUCACCCGACUGAACAACCACAUGGGCUCGUGCAUCGGCAACAGCGGCCGCAACGCCAGCCGCGCCGCCGCGCAGAAGCUCAACAACGGGGGCUCCCAGCACGACUCGACACCGCCGUCGUCCCAAAAGGCCACGCCCGCCCCCGGCUCCCGGGCCUCGAGCCCGCGGAAGCGCGACGCCAGCGACGACGACGGCGCCGACUCGGACAACAGCCACAAGAAGAAGAAGCUCAAGCCCUCGGCCAGCAUGACGAAAAAGGUCAUCAUUAAGAGCAAGCCGAUGCUGAAGAAGGAAAAGUCCAAGGGCGCCUCGCAGCUGAGCCAGGAGCAGAAGCUCGACGACUCGGACACGCCGCAUCUGACGCCCCGGAAGGGCACGCCUAAGAUGGCCCACAAGGACGGCAGCCCGCUGAAAAAAGUCAAGGCGGCCAAGCCCAUGACGAGCUCGCCAGUGUCUAAGAACGGGCGGGAACCGGACGGCGAGUCAGAGUCGUCGGGAACCCUGUCGUCACCGCCCGGCAAGUGA